AGAUUAAAAAAAGGCGAACAUCCCUUCCGAGCUAAAUGCAUGCAUGUUUAAAUAAAAAAGAUAACACCGAGAUUAUCAGGCUACCAGGUCGCUUUAGCUUGUUAUUAUCAUUCACACAAACAAAGCUAACAAACCGGGGCUAGCAUGGUUAGCCUUGUUAGCCAGCCAUUCAGUCAGCACCACGAUCUGAUCAGGAGCUAUUAGAGAACACUGUUGUGCCUGAUAACUACGACUAGACGAUAUUGUCCCGACACAGAGUGCAUUAAUGCGCCAUCUACACAAAAGGUCAGUGGAGCACACACUGCUACCUGGCAUAUAUACUGAUCAUGAUCUCCUGCUCUGGACCAGCUUCCUCUCUUCACGCUCCUCCAACGACUACAGGUCCACGCUCUGCUUUCUCUGCCACACAAACCAGCAGCGUAGAGGGAGGCAAGCAGAAGGCGGUGACCUUCAACAGGCUCAUGGUCAACAUUGGAGGGGAUUUCAACCCAGACACUGGUCACUUCCGCUGUCGUGUCCCUGGGGCUUACUACUUCUCCUUCUCGGUGGGGAAAUUCCCCAAGAAAAUGCUUUCUGUGAUACUGGUGAAGAACGGAGAGGAGGUGCAGGCCAUAGCAUAUGACGACUACCGCAAGAAAGGAAGGAAAAUUCAAAGCCAAAGUGUUAUGAUCAGUUUAAAGGAAAUGGACACAGUGUGGCUGCUUUUGCAGCGGAGUCCUCAAUAUGCCUUGUACAGCAACGCUGGCCCUUACAUUGCCUUCUCUGGUUACCUUGUCUAUCCUGAUAUCUCGCCAAACAGCUACAUCAGCAACCAUCUGUCCACAUCAGGGCUGUCAUACCCAAACUGCCCCCCUCAGGCUGACCCCUUGUCCAGAGGUCACACAUCAGAGCAGCCAAGGUCGGCCUUCUCUAUGGCACGGACCUCCACACUCAUAGGUCAGAGUAUCAAGCAGCAGGAAAAGCCACCUCUGACCUUUGAUGUGGAAUAUGUCAACAUCGGGGGGCAUUUUAACAAAACUUCAGGCCUAUUCACCUGCCAAUACCCAGGCGCGUACUUCUUUGCCUUCACUGUGGGGAAACACCCUCGUAAGGCUGUUUCUGUGAAACUGAUGAGCGGGAAGGGCGAGGUACAGGCGAUGGUGUUUGAUGAGGAUACGUCGAAGAGAAGGGAGAUGCAGAGUCAGAGCUUGCUGCUGACUCUCCGUCGGGGCGAGAGUGUGUGGCUGUACAGUCAGCAGGAUGAGCGUUACGCUGUCUAUAGCAACCAGGGGAGGUACACCACCUUUUCUGGCUUUUUGGUUUAUCCUGAAGCAGAAACACUCCCACCUCCCACCACCCAGGAUAGAACUCAACGCUAAAUGUCUUCAUAACACAAUCUGAUGUUUUUGUAGAAUAUAUGUAGAUUAUUUCUUUGUAGAUGGAGCAUAAAAGUAAUCUGUGGCCAGUAUGGUGUAAUAAUGUUGGUACUGCUUUGUUUGUUUUCUUUUGUAACCCUAUAAUGUAACUCAUGUGAUGAUAUGUGUUACCAAAUUACUCCACAGGAUGGAGCUGUAAUACAAUAAAGGACAUUACCUGCAAGCAACAGGGUUAUUUAUGUCCUUGAAUUGUAAUUAGCUGUAAGUCAUCACAAAAAGAAAAAACUGUUUAAAUAACUACUCGUUCAUUAAGUAAUACAGUUGGGUUUUUGUUUGCAGACAUAAUUACUCGUAUUGUUCUUCAUUGUUUUACAUGGAAAUAAUAGUAUUGCCUGUUAAGAAAUACUGUGUAAAUGAUGUAUAGUUAAUUCAAAUCUGCUCACUGUAAAAAAUAGAUUUAGAUGUGAAUGGUGUUUAUGUGAGUUGUGGUCUUGGUGAGUCUUGUCAUCGACAUAGUAUGUAGGUUAAAUAUUCAAUUGUAGAUAUUUCUGUAUCUCUUAUAAUGUUUUUAUUUCAAGAAACUAAAUAAAU